AUGUUAAAAAAUAAGGGUCAUUCAUCUAAACGAGAGAACUUAGCCGUCGCUGCAGUUGCACUACAAGACCACAUUUUACAUGAUCUUCAACUGCGGGAUCUUUCGGUGGCUGAUCAUUCCAAGACAAAGGCACCGAAGAGAGAGAACACAUCAAAGUCUCUGAAAAGAAACACAAAAGCUGUCACAAAGACUGCACCAGGCCCCAAAGAGGAAGACCCAGAAAGAGAGUAUGUUCUUGAUCCAAAGCCGCCUCCAUUAACGUUAGCGCAGAAGCUGGGCCUGUGUGAGCCUCCCCCAUUGCCACUCUCCUCAGAUGAGUGGGAGCAGGUGAAGCAGAGGUCCGUCUCGCAGGGGGACUCCUCGCAGCCCUGCCCGAUCUGCAGGGAGGAGUUCCAGCUCCGGCCCCAGGUGCUGCUUUCAUGUUCCCACGUGUUUCACAGGGCGUGCCUUCAGGCCUUCGAGAAGUUCACAAGCAAGAAGGCCUGUCCGCUCUGCAGGAGAAGCCAGUACCAAACCCGCGUGAUCCACGACGCGGCCCGGCUCUUCAGAGCCCAGUGUGCGACCCGGAUCCAAGCUUGCUGGAGGGGACACGUGGUUAGGAAGUGGUACUGGGAUCUGAGGAGGACGCUGCCACCCACAGAUGCCAAGUUGAGGAGAAAAUUCUUUGAGGAAAAGUUCACAGAGAUCAGCCAGCGCAUGCUCUGCUCCUACCACACGGACAUAGACGAGCUUUUCGCUGAGAUUGACCACUGCCUGGCCGUCAACCGCAGCGUCCUGCAGCAGCUGGACGGGCAGUGUGGCCGCAGGCUCAUGGACGACGACUGGCAGGAGAUCCAGGCACAGGCCCUGCAGCGGGAGCCCGCCGAGUGCUCCAUCUGCCUGGCGCCGCUGGCGGGGAGCGGCCCGCGCCCCCGGAGCACUGUGCUGCUGUCCUGCUCCCACGUGUUCCACCACGCGUGCCUGCUGGCCCUGGAGCAGUUCUCCCUGGGAGACAGCUCGCCCUUCCACGCCUGCCCCCUCUGCCGCGCUUGCUACCAGAAGAAAGUUCUCCAAGCUGA